GUUUGUGGACUCAAGUGGAAUCCAGAGGGAAACCAACUUGCUAGUGGUGGGAAUGACAAUAAACUCUUGAUAUGGGACAGAGCAAAUGAUGUACCUCUUCAUAAAUUUCCUCAUCAUACGGCAGCUGUCAAAGCCAUUGCUUGGAGUCCACAUUCACAUGGUCUUUUGGCAAGUGGUGGUGGUUCUCAAGAUAAGCACAUUCGAUUUUGGAAUACUACGACUGGUAAAGCCCUGGAGAGUUACGAUACUGAAUCUCAGGGACAUACUCUCCGUGUUCUCUACCUUUCUGUUUCACCUGAUGGCGAGAAUAUAGUUACUGGUGCCGGUGAUGAAACUUUACGCUUUUGGAACGUAUUUAACAACGGAAAAAAAGAGAAGAAGCGCAUGACUGCAUUUGAUAUUCGUUCACAGAUUC